AUGGCCGGAACAAAGCAAAAGAAGCGCCCGUCUACGGGAGGAAAGCCGCGGGGACGGCCGUCGCUGGCUUCUCAAGCAACUCCAGUCAGGAGGGGCCGGGGCCCUAGGUCGUCCAAUGUUUCUGCUGGCGAUCCCACCCCGAGCAGAAAGAAGUACCGUCACAAACCUGGCACCAAUGCUCUCAAGGAGAUCAGGCGCUACCAAAGGAGUACCGAUCUGCUGCUGCUGAAGCUUCCCUUUGCUCGUCUGGUUCGUGAGAUUGCGCUCAAUCUAGUCCCCGACGGCGAAGCCCUCCGCUGGCAGUCACAGGCCAUCCAAGCGCUGCAAGAAGCCGCCGAGGCCUUCCUGGUCCACCUGUUCGAAGAUACCAAUCUUUGUGCCAUCCACGCUAAGCGCGUCACCAUCAUGCAGAAGGAUAUCCAGCUCGCCAGGCGAAUCCGCGGCGCCUGGGGCGGUCUGGGCUGA